AUGAGUGGAGAGAAGGAAGAGGACUCCUUCGGUAUACUCAGAAUUUAUGAUGAACCAGAGGAGAGGAGGAAUGUGCCAGAAAGCUCUGGAAUUGCCUCUCUGCAUGAGCAUCCAGCACAGUCCCAGCUGUAUGGGGUGUAUGGUACGCCCCCGCCGUCCCUGGGCCCCCCGAUGCAGCACAGCCCGGUGUAUCAGGAGAUGAGCUCCAUGACUCCGCAGCAGUGGGCCCUCCAGACCCUGGACAGGUCUGAGCUCCAGGCCGGUUGGCUCUCUGAGGCGGAGCCAGGGGAAGAAGCCGAGUUCAGCCCCAGCGUCCUACCAGGAUCCGAGUUUGGCCAGCCUUGCUCUUCGCCGCCUCCCAGUGAAGAAGUCUUAUCAUUCCUCAGAGCAAUUCCUCCCAUUCCAGAUGAAGUGGUGGUCAGACAGAGGACCCCACGUGAAUCCUGGAAGGUUGGCAGACUCCGCCACGGAAAGAAAGUCUAUGCCAUUGCCAUCGGCGGCUCAACUCACCACGUGUACACGUGUGGCCAGGGCUACAUCAAGGUGUGGGAUGCGAGUGCUCUGCAUGCGUGGGACAAGGCCCCUCAGGCCCAGCUGAACUUUCAGGACCAUCAGAACUGUGUCCUCACUUGCAAGCUGUUCCCCGAUGAGCAGAGCCUGAUCACCGGGGGUCUGUCCCGGACCCUGACUCUUUGGGAUCUGGCACCCACACCCCGCAUCCGGGCACAGCUGGCCUCCACAGGCCCCGUGUGCUAUUCCCUGGCCAUCUCCUCCAAUGCCCAGAUCUGCUUGGCUUGUUUCAAAGGAUUUGUUGAGAUCUGGGAUUUGCAGAACCAAAUCUUGAUCAGGAAGCACGAAGUCCCUGAAUAUGGGUCCCGAUGUGUGGACAUCGUCGGCAAUAAGUUCUGGACAGGAGGUGAAGACACCAGCCUGUAUUCCUGGGACCUGAGGAGCUACCAGAAGCUGCAGCAACACGAUUUACAGCAUGAGAUCCUCAGCAUCACUCACGACCCCAGUGAGGAAUGGAUGUUAGUGGGCUUGAGAACCAGUGACAUCAUAAUCCUACACUCGCACCGGAAGGAGAAGUUUAAGGCUGUCGUACAUAAAUACAUCCACCACCACAACCUCAAGUUCGCCUCCUGUGGGAGCUAUUUUGUGAGCACUCUGGACGAGUCGAUCCACUGCUUGGCCGCACCUUCUCUGCAAAGGUUGUUUCAGGUAGAGGAGUCUACAGAAAUCCUGUGUUGCGAUGUGUCCUCUGACAACCAGUAUCUGGUCACGGGCUCCAAGAACAGUGCCACAGUUUACAAGCUCUUGUAUUGA